AUGCUGCACCACCUCAGCUCUGACGCUCAUGCACAGCUCAUUUUGACCACCGACGCUUCCAGCAGUGCUGUCGGCGCAGUCUUGCAUCAACAGGUGAAUAACCAGUUGCAGCCUUUAGCUUUCUUUUCACAGAAGCAACAGCCGGCGCAGACUCGCUACAGUACUUUCUCUCGCGAGCUCCUUGCCGUCUCCUUGGCCAUACGUCACUUUCGACACCUUUUAGAGGGCAGAGACUUUUCGGUCCACACCGACCACAAGCCUCUCACUUACGCCCUGAAGGCCAAGCCAGAUCUGUACUCGCCCAGGGAAGUUCGUCACCUGGACUCUAUUUCGCAGUUUACUGCCGACAUCCGCUACGUCCGAGGCAGCGACAAUGUCGUUGCUGAUGCAUUAUCCCGUCCGGACAUCAACACACUCACAUCCGAUUUCGACCUGGCGAGGCUUGCAGACCUCCAAACAGCAGACGAGUCCAUCGCGGACUUACGUACGUCUACUACUCUGCAACUUCGAGAUGCACCACUUCCUGCGUCACCAGGUACGAUUUUGUGCGAUUGGUCCACAGGCACCCCUCGUCCUGUUGUUCCACUAUCCUAUCGUAAGGUCGUCUUUGACCACUUUCACUCCCUCUCCCACCCUGGCAUUCGCGCUGGACGUAAGUUAAUCGCGGCUCGUUUUGUUUGGCCGAAGAUGAAUUCCGACAUUACUCUUUGGACCAAACAGUGUCUCGCAUGCCAGAAGAACAAGGUUCAUCGACACACUAUCUCCCCUCCAAGUACCUUUGCGGUCCCGGAUGUUCGAUUUAAUCAUGGUCACUUGGAUUUAAUCGGACCGUUACCCCCUUCACGUGGGUACACACAUAUCCUGACGGCCGUUGACCGUUUCACACGAUGGCCGAUUGCCGUUCCUAGCUCGGAUACCUCGGCAGAAAAUAUCGCCAUGGUUUUUCUGACCCACUGGAUCUCAACUUUUGGUGUGCCAGCCACACUUACCACCGACCGCGGAAGUCAAUUCCAAUCUAGCCUCUUCCGUGAGUUCACUAGACUGCUCGGGUGCGCGCAAAUCACAACCACGGCAUACCAUCCUGCCUCCAACGGUCUCGUUGAGCGUCUACACCGCCAACUGUAGUCCGCACUGAUGUCCCAAACAGAGUCAGCUACUUGGAGUGUCAACUCCCUCUUGUGCUUUUGGGCAUCCUAUCUUCUGUCAAGGAGGACAUCCAAUGCACUGCCGCCGAACUUGUGUACGGUACACCCCUCCGUCUGCCCGGCGAAUUUGUGCAGCCUUCCACAACAAACACUAACAUCACGAGCACCUUCGUACAGCAGUUGAAACAACGCAUGGCUCAACUGCGUCCAACCCCCACUCGUCUGACCUCGAAACACGUGUUUGUACACGAGGACCUUAAAUCCGCCCCCUUUGUUUUCGUCCGGAAUGACGCAGUGCGCAAGCCCCUUUGUUCUCCCUACGAUGCCCCAUAUAAGGUCGUUAAGCGGAGUGACAAGUUUUACGUCCUUCAAAAGGCUGAUAAGACUGACACGGUCUCCAUCGACCGCCUUAAGCCAGCCUAUCUGGAGUGCCUCCCGUCGACCAGUGCGCCAUCCAUUCCCCCUACUACGUCCUCUCCCGAUACGCCCACUCCGCUCACCUUCCCUCCAUCACCAAACCUGACCAUUCUACCCACCCAACCGGAUCCUCCUCCUACACGACUGCCUAUUUCAUCUCGCUCCGGUAGACAUAUCCGUUUUCCCGCCAGACUUAAAGAGUUUGUAGUGUAUUUUUUUCCCGUUUUAUUUUAUCGAGCGUUUUGUUUCUUUGGCAAACGCUCUGGUGGGGGGAGUUGUGUAGGCUUUUGUACACUUUUGAUUUGUUUCACUACAUUUUCUUGUACACCUGACCUGCCUGUACAUUUGUUUGACAAAACGAAAAAUACACAUUAACAACGCUACGGCGGUCAACAUGUGUUCUGGUUUCGAGAGUGUUUGACGUCGUUAUUUCUUGGCGUUCGCUUGUCAUCUCUCAAUACUCUUAGCAAUUCGUACGUGCUGACGGAGACUUCCUCCUCGAAGCCGACUUCAACGUACCAUCGCGGAACCUAGAGCCUCCCUUCAACCAGUUCUUCAUCGGGACACUAUCUCUCUACUUCAUAGGAUUCUACUUUACGUGAGUCUGGAACAUUCCUUUUCUGGUUCUUUCAAUCUGUACAUUUUUUUGUUGGUAAACACAAUUCCCCCAUUCGGAGUUAGUUUUUUUCUGCAUAUAUUGCUGUUUGUAGUUUCUAAGUCCACAUUUCCUCUACAGAACUGAAUGCACUCGAUGCGGUAACUGUUGUCUCGUAGGAUGCAGGUCAAAUGGCUGAGAAUUCGACGGUUGGUCCCAUCCACCUCCGGUCAUCUGAAAAAUAAAUAACGGAAAGGAGUUUGCUGUUACUCAGGGAAAGUACUUGCCCUAUCUUUACUGGAAAACGUGCAGUAAAAUUGGUCAAUUAUGUUAAAAACAGAAGACGAACAGCUCGCAAGUGUGCACCAUAGCCCCGUUCAAGGCAUUUUGGCCCCGUAGACAAUUGGGAUUAAGAAAGACAAACGCAACUAAACCGAAGAAUUAAAAUAUUAAUGGAAGUUACCCCGAAACAGCUUCCAAGCAGCAUAUGGCGAUAGUGACACGAUUCAUAUAACACUGUAGCUGGCAGUUUUGUCUGAGAACUGUGCAGUUUCAAGUGAGCUGUGGAACAAUAGAACAAUCCAAGAAUAGGAUCAGCCCAGUUACUAAAAGUAUGCCAACAAGUGGCCUACCUAACAAUGAUAAUGAGUGAAAUAGCGAGAGUACCCUCUGUAGACAGCCAACGAAAUCUACAAAAUAAACAAACAGAAGUUAGCAGCGUCUAAAAUACUGGAACAGCAAAAAUAGGAUAAUAAAACCCGAUCACGAAUUAUUUGUCUGGAGGGGCGUGGGACGCGUCGGAGUCACGUGCGUGACAAAGCAGCCUACCGGUAUUGUUCUGGCCGGGUCGGUUUCACGUCUGUUCGGGUUCCAGAAUAUGUAUCCACGAAGGAACACAGAAUGAUCAAGUCCCUAAAAUUGUCCAUAGAUGAAACUUUACGUCCGUGUGUCCGUUAACAAUUCUUAAUCCAACUGGUAGCUUCGUUCGAAAAGCAAAGAGUCGUUUUGACAAAACAACAACAUUGUUAUUGAGCGUUCGUGUCUGUUAUUAUUCUAUUAUAUGACAUUUUAUCAAGAAAAAGCGAGAACGCAUGCGCGAAUUAACCAGUGGGUGGAUUUUAUGCAUCCACGGUAAGAUAGCACAACAGUUUGAGUGAACUGCCGUUGUUCACAAUAAGACACCGAGCGCUGGGUUUUCAAGGAUGUUUUGAAGUCGAAUUGAUGUCUUAAGAGAAUGUUGAUUUGAAAAUGAGUAUAAGCCUAUGCGUGUGAUAAGUUUCCUGCCGAUUUUGGUACUAACAAUAAGUGAGAAUACACGCUCCGAAACAAACAAGCUCCGGAUAGAUGGCAGAGGUUACGAACAGGCAACUGUUGACCAGACCGAACUAAAUUCAGUUAUGACACUAGAGAAAGUUGCGACGGAUAAUGUGAAAGAUCGGCACAGAGCUGUUUAAGGUUCAUUCUGUAUUUAUUCAGUUAAUGAUAAUCGUGACUAAUUGAUCUCUCCAUGACCUCCGUCGCUCAUUCGUAGCUUGUUUGCUUCAGCUAAUCAACGGAUCGGCCUAUUGUCAUUACUUUAUGAGAAAAUACCCGAUUUGCAGCGACAAAGGCUGCCAUGUGAUGAGGAAUUUAUGAACUUCUAGGUCUAGGUUAAAUAUAAGCAAGUAAAUAAUUUCAAUAACCUCAGAGACAAAGAGCUGUUUAUAACUACCUAUAAACGCACUCGUGUGUGCCGAAACUCCAGGUAGACUGACUCACGUACACCAACACUGUUCGAGGGUUGCGUCUGCGACAGCAUGUGAAUUGUCGUCUUUGCAAAAAGAGGUUUGCCGAAAAUGAGUGUGGGAGCCUUCGACAGGAAACGCGGCUCGAUUGUAGUUUUUUUCAAGGGAGGCCGUCGCAAUGUCAUAACUGACUGCAGCGGACGAAGAUGUUCGGGCAUCGUGAACGACGAUGUCCACAUCAGGGUGAGAGUAGGUACGGUGACUUGCGCGGGAUGUCUUUUAUACUGACUGUAGACUUGCGCUGCAUCUGUCGCACGCUGUCCUUCUCCCCCACCUGAGCCCGCCGUGAAGACAAACAGUAGGUGGGCUAACUCAUGAAAUGUCAACCGAAAUUCCGUAAUGCGUUUUCGUUUCGAAAAUAUUAACUAAGUAGGGUUGUAAAACUAAUCAUCAUGCAACAGAAUUCUAUAAUAAUUCCGUUACAUCAAUAUGCUGGCUUUCGAACGAACUUCUUUUCAGCUGCAUUCAGAAACCGCACUCUGCAAAAAACGACUGCUUGAGCAGCAUGGAUUUGUCCCACUGAUUUUUGAUGCCCCUAAAAAUUCAAUUAUAUUUCAUGGAAAACAUGAGGAAAAGUAUUCAUUCUUUUUCUUAUUCAGUAGAAAAUUACGUCUUCUUCCAAUUUUAUACUCGAAGGAAAGGUAUAAUUUGAUUUUAAAAAGUUUCUAAUUGUGAGAUUUUUUAAUACCGUGAAAUGGCCGUUUAUAAAACGUCAGGUCUCUGCAUUUACCAAUUUGGCUUGUAAAAUUGACAAUAUGGCUCAUAUCCACUGCAAAACUUUUUGAAACCAAUAUGGUCUCCUCUUAAAACCCUAGAGAAAUGUAUGGUUUGCCAUACGGGGAAAAUAUACAGCUUGUAGUUUGGAAACUCUGAAUGCAAUUGUAACGACAGGGCGGGUUCAAGAUUAUUCUGGAAUUGGAAAAGUUUUUGGAAACCGAAUAAUACCCUUCCUUCGCGUAUAAAAGUGGAAGAAGAUGUAAAUUUCUACUGAAUAAGAAAAAGAAUGAAUAUUUUUGUGCAUGUUUUACAUGAAAUAUAAUUGAAUUUUUAGGGGCAAAUCCAUGCUACUCAAGCAGUCAUUUUUUACAGAAUGUGGUUUCUUAAUGCAACCGAACAGAAGUUCGUUCGAAAGCCGGCGUCCUGAGGUAACUGAAAUAUUAUAGAAUUAUAUUGCAUGAUGAUUAGUUUUACAACCCUACUGAAUUAAUAUUUGCGAAACGAAAACGCAUUUCGGAAUUUCGGUUGACAUUUCAUGAGUUAGCCCACCUACUGUAGUCAAGAAAACCCGAUGGGAAGAGGGUGCAGAUGGCUGGUGCUGCCAGAGCCGACCCUAGGCGUGCCGCCACACCCCUGGUCCACAACAGACAAUUGACCAGGAGGGAUGGGGACGGCAGGGAUCCCAAUUGGACGUGCCAUCACAUGGGUGCGCAUUCCCGUCAACGCCUGCUGGACUCCAAUCUAGCCACCGUUUUGGUCUGGUACAUCUACCGUAUGCAAGACACACACACACACACGCUCGAGUAAAACGUUUGGGACCAUUUCCUGGCCAUGCGAGCGCUGUACAGAGUCACAAAGAAUCGCACCAAACACACAUAUAUAUGAUGGUGGGGGGAGCUCACCGAUCGUUCUUACGGAACUCACUCGUUCUGUUGUGCCUUACGGACUCUCUCUCGAGCCCAACCAGCAGCCGCACAGCGGCGUAUGAUAUAGGCAGUAUGUUAUUACCGACAAAGACAAGGGAGACUGGAAUGGCCAUUUCUGGCUUAUUAGCCGUCGUCAGCCAGUCAUACCCAAUCCCGAAGUGCGGAACACCCGAGGGUCGAACAUGCGAUCCAUCCUGAUCGAUGGGUGUUUCUCUCAUGUCUGAAGAACUACCGGUUGGGAGUGGAACGCUAUGGACCACUGGAAGUGCACUGCCGUGGAGAGAGCGAGUCAGAGAGGAAGUGUCGCGACGAGCGACCGUGGAGAGCGGGAACGUCAGCUAUCUUAACUGACGCGACGAUCCCAUCCUGGAUCCAUGCUAAAAGUGACUCCAGUCCGUUCAAACAGCACCGUCAGCUCCUUGCUUUCAAAUCAAAAGUCGGGGGGGGGGAAAGAGUUAGUUUGACGACUUUUACUGUAGCAGGAAGCGUGCAGAUGACUCAAGCCAGGACGAAAAUUAUCCCGACAAUCCGAGUGCUGGCCGUCGAUGCUGAUGAUGAUGUUGAGCAUAAAUACUAAUCGGCGUGCUGUAUCGACAAGCUAAUGGACCAAGUCACAUGCGGUGCGCACAGUCAACUGGCAGGGCGGGUUCGGUCGUUGCUACCAGACUGAGUAGACCGCUACAAGGCUACCUUUGUAAGUUUUGUGACUUUUGCAUAUAUCGGAAAUGACUGUUUAUGGUAACUACCUCCCGCUUGGCCAAAUAACAUUCAACUCAAAGAGAGGAACCGGACUUAUUGCGCUUUGAAGACUUGCCUAUGAAGGGGAUUUCACUUUUUCCUAUCUACAGCUUCGUACAUUGACCUCCCCUAAGAAUCCGGUUCAUUUGCUGCGGUGUUCGGUCUUCCUAUUUUAGGUCCUCUCUGACUACCAAAUUGAUCUUAAAGCGCGUCUGAUCGCUAUUCUGCGGGUCUGCGUUUAGACCUGUCACCUACUCGGCAUGACUUGCAAACUAAGUUUCCUUAUAGUUGCAGUUACAAUAAAGCUCGCUUCAUGUUUGUUCAUUGCGCCUUAUGGGACAUCAAGGUUGUUAGUGGGAACCGAUUCUAUGGCCUUCGACCUACAAACAUCUCACCUUACCAUUGAAUCCGCUCCUAUGUGCGGCGUGGGUCGCUUAUUCCCGUAAGUACAGCAACGUCAUUCCAACUUGAUUUGUCUUCAUCAAGCAUUUAUUCAUACUGGCAUUGAAUGCUGCUCCACUUCUGGAUCGCAGCAACCACGCUAUCAAGAUGAGAUCGAGGGGCACUUCAGGUGAGACCUCUCAGAGUAAAGCAGUCUAGUUUUCUGGCUAGAAUGAAAGUAAUCCUCUUUGUAUACAGAAUUCUGGCAGGUGUGAGUACUAUACUAAAUUUUGUACUACUGUACAAAAUUUGCCGUUCUAUCUGAUAGUUUUGCCCCCAGCUUCGUCGCCAGCUAGAUGCGCUGAACCAACAUGGGGGCCAAAUCAGAGUCCUACAGGCGUUAUCGGAAAUUCAUGCCCAUCACAAACGCCAACAUUUGAGGUGCGGUGUCAGGUUCUGUGGACGGUUCACGCCGCGCCGAUCGGGAUCCGAGCUGCUUCCAUGUUUGCCAUUGGGGUAUAAAAUCCUGGUCAGAUCAGAUCAGGUCAGAUUUAUUAAAGGAAAGGCAGGCGAGCGCCUUUUAACUCCCUUUUGGUUACAAUAACAUCAUAAAAAACAAUGUGUAAGGCAAGUGUCAAAGAAAACUAGGUAAGUAAUUACAUAGAACAAGCAAUGGUUACUGGUAUAAAUUUGUCUGUGAAUACCUUCUAAGUCAAAAUUGUACAAUAACCAGCACGCGGUACUGAAUGGACCAAGUAAUAUCGAAGCAAGCGUAUAUGCUUCGGCCAGGUGAUAACGAAAGUCAUAAAAUAAUGCUACUUAAACAUAGCGAGUAGCAAUCGUUGUAACGUAAAACUUUUGGUGCGGAUGGUACAAGGGUGAAAUUUGUUAAUUUCUGAUGCCGUGGAGGUACAUGUCCCUGCACUGGUCAAGCUCCCUCUUAAAUGUGUCCACGAACCACGUGUCCGUUGUGUCAGUGUCCGUUGUGAACCAGGGGCAAUGGUGGUACGCCCAUGUGCGGGUUUACACCGUGCCAGUCACUUGUGUCCUUUCUCGCCUCCGGUCCUCUCGGCUUGGUCAUGACACCCGAUCCGGGUGGAUGAAGGAGGAGAGAGUGCGGUAGCCGCAGCGCAAAUCUACUAUCACGCGUAAGUCACCGUCCUCCCUGUCACUGAUGCUGUGAAGCACACGGUGGACAUUGUCGAAAUCCACCAUCUAACCUGAUAGUGGAACAGAUCUUUGAUUCCCACGGCCUAUCAAGCAAAUGCCAUACCUGCCAAAUUUACCGACUGUGUAAUGAAUUUAAGAACUAAAGAUAUCAGUACAACAGCGGUGAAAGCGUUAAUCGAUAAUCAGUUGACUCGAGUUUCGAGUUUCGGAUGCGCGACCCGGGACCUGAGUUCAAUUGAAUUACGACGGCAAAUAAACCAGAAAUGACAAAUCCAGUGUCCCCAUCCUUCUCAGUAAACGCUUUCCAAGUAGAGCUCUCCAGUUUCAAUCCGAUUACAGGCAUUCUGGACUAAUUUUGCAGCCUUUCAGGAGGAUCGUUAUUUUGGUAGCAUGAAUCCCGAUAGAAUAAUUACUUUGUGCCACUUUUUUCAACUGUUUGUAGGCAGAUCGCUAUGUCUACUCGACCAUUUAGCCGACCGCCUAGACGUGAAGAACUUGGCGGCCACGACGGAAAGUGUAAAGCUUGUGUGCAACCAGCGUCUAGGCCACUGA